GUUACUUGUGGGGAUGAUGCACAAGUUUGAAUUAGUGCAUAAAGUACAAUUAAUGAUGUCAUUACUGCCAAUGAUGAAUGUCACCAGGUAGGGUUAAAAAAAAAAACUCAGGUAUUUGACGUUCGUCUUUUUUCCCAUUAUGUAUUUAAAAUGGCAUCCCCAUGUGUUUGUCCUUCCUCUGCGGUCAUGAAGGGGCUUGUAAUAAUGACGCCGCCAGCCCCGGUUGGGUUCAGUCGCUGACAAAAAGCGAGGGUUGCAAGAAAACGGUAACAAAGCGCAGGAAGCAGGAACACGAUUCACUACGGGAGCCUUAAGUAGGGACUCCCCGCCACGAAAAACUUAGGAGUCGUCCCGCUCGUAACGUAGACCGGCGAGGCGGGACAGGGCCACUUCGUCCACCGCUCCUUUCCGCAAGUCGUGGGACGGAAGCAGAGGAAGAGAACGUCGCGGUUGCUGUGGCAACCUUGACAGCCGGGAACGUCGGUCGACGUCCCGGCUGAGGACGAAGCAUAGAGUACUUCCGGCGACAGCGGCAAGAGGGGAAGAUUACGACCGGAAGGGGUUGCGCUUUGUUUGGAGCAGAAGAGGUCGGAGUAAGGGUUUGCCUUCUGGGACUUGAGAAGUAUUCAAGAUCUUGAACAGGGCUUGGAUAAUUAGCAGAAAGCUCAGAAAUAAACUAUGGGGUAGCCGUCUGUCGCAGCGUUUCUGCCCCAAGCAAGAUGCAUCCUCACCACUGAAAGUAAAGAGCUUUGUUCUGAGGUCUUGGGGCCAUAACCCAUUCUGGAAUGUCUUUGAAAAAUUUGUAUCACAAAGUUGCUUGAUUUAAGGACACAGCCACCAAAAGAAGAUGCCUGACCGUGACAACACCUAUAAUGGUAGUGGUAGCGAUGAGGCAAGUGCCAACUCAGAUGACAUCUGUCGAGAUUUCCUGCGCAAUGUCUGCAAGCGAGGCAAACGUUGUCGUUUCCGCCAUCCUGACAUUAACGAGGUGACUAAUUUGGGGGUUAGCAAGAACGAGUUCAUCUUUUGCCAUGACUUUCAGAACAAGGAGUGUGUCCGCAUCAAUUGCCGCUUCAUCCAUGGUACCAAGGAGGAUGAAGACUGCUACAAAAAGACUGGGGAACUUCCCCCACGUCUCCGCCAGAAAGUGGCAGCCGGGCUUGGCCUGUCCCCAGCUGAUCUCCCCAACAGCAAGGAGGAAGUUCCCAUUUGUCGAGAUUUUCUCAAGGGGGAUUGCCAGCGUGGGGCCAAAUGCAAAUUCCAGCACCUGCAGCGGGAUUAUGAGUAUGAUGCCCGGGGCCUGGCUACCCGGGAACAGGGUAUCACCACACCUGUGCGUCGAUAUGACCCCUAUGACCCAAUGUAUGACUCUGACAGAUGCUAUGAUGACCACGACCCUGUGCUCAAAAGGCGGCGGGUGGAUGGGCUCCACUUUGAAACCUACGAAUAUAACUUCACUAGUCCACGUACGGUGGAAUAUCGUCUCCUGGAAGAAGAAAACAUCAUGCUCCGCAAACGAGUAGAGGACCUAAAGAAGCAGGUCAACAACCUCCUGGCCACCAACGAGGUCCUUUUGGAACAGAAUGCCCAGUUCCGCAACCAAGCCAAAGUGAUGACCCUCAGCUCCACGGCUACAGCUACUGAGCAGACUCUGGCCCCAACAGUGGGCACUGUUACCAACUAUAAUCACAGCAUCGCCCAGACUCAUACGACUCUGAGCAGCCAAGCCCUGCAGCCACGGCCUGUCUCCCAGCAGGAUUUGGUUGCUCCUGCUGGAGCGCAGGCAGCUCCCCCAAGCAACGCAGCCCCUCCUAUGAACCCUGAAAUCACCCCGCUGUCAGCAGCUUUGGCUCAGACCAUUGCCCAGGGGAUGGCUCCCCCUGUAUCCAUGGCCCCAGUAGCUGUAUCGGUAGCGCCAGUGGCUGUGUCGAUGGCUCAGCCUCUGGGGGGCAUUACCAUGAGCCAUGCCACGACUCCCAUGGUGACCUACCCCAUAGCCUCCCAGAGUAUGAGGAUAACAGCCAUGCCUCACUAGCCCAUGUUCAAAGGGAGUGUCAUUGUUCAGUCUAUGCCGUGCUGUCCCUAGGUCAAGGGUGGGCACAAAUCCUGUUGAAAGAUAAGGAAAAGAGAAGGAUACCGAUUCCAGAUGUGGAUCUUAAAGCCCCUGGAAUGCUCAUGGGAAAGGACUAUAACUUGGGUUGGCGUUUUGUCUGAAGCAGGUGUGCGAGCUCUCCUUUCACAGGUCAGCAGAGCCCAGACAUAACAGAACAACCACCACCACCACCACAGAAGCAUUUGAAAAGUAUGGAGAUCUCAAAGCUUUUUCUCUGUAUCUUAUUUCGGUUUUGCACUGUUGGAGGAGUUACUAAGCACUCCUCCAACAGUGCUUUUGUGUGUAAUAACUGAGCAUGUUUUCCAGCCUGUGGAUUACAGAGUCUGUUGUGUGGCUGAGCAGAGGGAAAAUACGGUUCGCUCCCUGGUACAUGUUCACGGAGCGGAGGACAACUUUCCUUAACUCAGUCCGAUGAAAGGGCAGAGACUUAAACCAAUAGCAGCUCCGCAGACUAAGCCAGCCUGAACUUUUGGACUCUUUUUCUUGGUGUAGAAAGGCAGGGAUCCAGGCAUCUGGAAAAUACUAACUUAAGUUAUGUUGGUUUAAUAGAUGAUAAACUGGAAAGAGUUGUAGGAAUAGAAUGUCCCUUCCUUUGGCCUAGGUUAGCUUUUAGUUCUGGAAAGAACAGGUUGAAUGCACAUAUACAGCGUGCAUAACUUGAUAGUUUGUAGGGUGAAGGUGAUUGCGUGUAUGUGUAUCUGUGUGUGUAUCCACACACCGCAUGAAUACACACACGUGUAGAUGGCAUCUCUUUAUAUUAAUGUUGAGGGUUUCAAGGAGUCCAGGGUUUAGUGACAGGAUCUCUUGCCACGGAGCAGCUGAAUUUCUGAUUGAAACUGACAGGGAUGGGCACUCUUACAAACCCAGAACAGCUCACUUGUUUCUUCCCACUUGCCUGGUCUUUCCACUUUUUUGCUUUCUGGCUGGAUUUUGUGUCUGAAUUCUCCUCACAUCCAAGGACUUUGCAGUAGGAACCUACCUGUGGUAUGUUACUUCACUUUUUAUUUUACAGUGCAGCACUUUUUUAAAAAAUACGGAUAUCUUCCCUCAGUGUGUGUUUUUGAUUUUAUUUUCGGAGGGGUGGGUGGGUAUUCUUCCUUUUUUUAAUGUGAACUUCAGCUCCUACUUGGGUCUGAAGUAACCGUUUCUAUUAGAAUGAUUUAAAGAAAAUGAGAAAAAUGUUUGAUGACACAGCUGUUUCUACAGUUAACAGUGUAAAUGUUUUCAGCUAUUAAAACAAACGUACAGUCCUCACA